AAAGUGUUCAAACAAUUCCAUAUAACACAGAUGACUAUUUUUUAUUAAAAACAUCAAAUUAUUCUAAUCAUUUUUUAAUCCAAAUUUAACUUCAAAAUUGAAAUGUUCCGUCUGGUAAAACCUCCUUCAACAUCAUCUUUCUCACAAAUUAAUGCCAACUUCCUUACUAAUCAACGUCAUAUUCCUCACCAAUUCAUUUACGUUUAAUCAUUUACCAUUUAUGUCACUCUCGAAACAAAAACUACUCGCUGGUCAAAACCAAAAAUGCAAAAUUUUAAUGAAACUUAUUUUUUAAUUUUUUUUUAUUUUAGCAAUGACCCAAUAUUUUUCUACUUAAUUCCUCCCUCUUUAUAAAUAGACCAACAUCUCCAACUUAUUCAUAUUUUACAUACCAACUCUCAAAACACCUCUACUAGUUUACUCCAACAUUCCUCACACCACUUACCAUUCAAACUUCCAAGCCAUCAACACUCAAACCCGACCCGUUUAAAUCAAAGCCCGAUGGGCUUCCCAACCGGGUAUGCCCAACAAUUCCUCAUCAAUUCCCUUUCUCUCUUCAAUCUCCUUAAACCUUUCAUCCUCAAUCUCUCAAGAUUCUCGGGUCUCUCCCAUUUUCUCGAACCCGAGAUCUUCUGUCCCGAACCCGGGCCCGAAUCCAAGCCCGCAACUGCCACCAUUAUCCAAGAAAUGCUACCCGUGAUGAAGUUCAACGACGUCGUACGUUCAUGUUCACCCGGGUCAAACGAGCCCGAGCAAUGCGCGGUUUGUUUGUAUGAUUUUCGAGAUCACGAGGAGAUCCGACGGCUGACAAAUUGCGGGCAUAUAUUUCAUAGAGUGUGUGUGGACCGUUGGAUGGAUCAUGAUCAGAUUACGUGUCCUCUUUGUAGGACACCCUUUGUGCCAGAUGAGUUGAUGGAGGUUUUUCAUGAAAAGCUUUGUGCUGCUUCUGUUUCUGCUAUUCCUGAAUUUGGUGGGGAGUUUUCUGUAAUUAAUAAUUUCUUAUAGAUUUUUGGUUUACUUUUUAUUUUCUUAGAUUUUUCUUUUAGGUGUAUGAAUAUGAAAUGAACUUAUAAUUGUACAACUGUAUAUAGUAAUCAGAGUUCUUAUCUGUUAAUUAAGGCUAAGAACAUUCAAUUUUGGUAAUUGUAGGGUAUGAUUAGUUAAUUAUAGGGUAUCAUUGAUAGUAUAUCACCAUAUGACCAUAGUGUUAGAUUCCUGCAUUAAGGAUUGGGAAUUGAAGCAUUAAAUAUAGAUAUUGUACUACUUUCGUUUCUACCGGUUCUUCCUGUUCGAUUCUUUUUUACGAGUACUUUUUUUUUUACUCGCGUUCUUUUACUAUGAGACAUUGAUCAUUGUUAAAAAAAGAGAAUUUUUAGGCCUUGUUUGUAUAACAACAUAAAACGGGGGAAGUGAAAGUUUACGAGAUUUGAUAAAUUAAGGACUUGUUUAGUUGACACAAAAAAGCAAAAAUGAGGAAAUUGGAAAUUUAUGGGAAUUUAAACUUUCCACAAAACAA